AUGGGCCCCUGUACCGCCUCCUCAUGCUGCUGCCAGGCCCGUAAUCUGCCAUGGGCCCCCGUACCGACUCCUCAUGCUGCUGCCAGGCCCCGUAAUCUGUCAUGGGCCCCUGUACCGCCUCCUCAUGCUGCUGCCAGGUCCAGAGUGUGUCAUGGGUCCCUGUACGGCCUCCCAUUGCUGCUGUCUCCAUCGCCACACUCUGCCAUGUGCCACUUUCAGGUCUCCUCACACUGCUGGUGGGUUCCAUUUUUUCAUAGGGUGCUGUAUGGCCUCCCAUUGCUGCUGCCUCCACCGCCACACUGUGGCUCCACACUCUGGUUUUGGCCCUGUGACUGCCCAAAUGAGUGAAGUGUGCGGUGAUUCUAAGAUCGACGGCACUCAUCUGCAUGUCAUACUGACUGACAGUAUUAUUUCUCUUCCCCAGCAGACUCCAAGGGCAUUUAAAUUAAAGGUACAGUGUUCUGGACUAAUAUAA